AUGGCUUCAAUCACGAGCAAUUUUUUGAGCACGGAUGUUUCAUUGCAAGAAUUACUGGGAGCUGGAAUGAGAUUCGAUUACGAUAAAGUUGGUGCAGAAAUCCUACUGGUUGCAAACUAUUACGAAAUCAAAAUUAGUCAUGGGAUUUAUCGCUACGAAGUAAUUAGAAAAGACCUUGUCAAGAAUCGAUUGCUUGACAGAGACAUCUAUCGUUCGCAAUUUUGGGAAGCAGUAAAUAAUGAUCUGAACUCAUUUGGUAAGCUUGAAAAUUUGAUCUACAAUUAUGGUCCCCUUGUUACAUGUUAUUUUUAA